AUGCGAUUCCUUGGUAUUUUCGCCGCACUGUCCACAGUACCUGCCGUCGUGCAAGGCAUUGGCGUUAAGCCGGGCCGGAUAUGCAACCUGGUCACCUUCGGGGACUCCUACACCGAUGUCGUCAACACCGGGUACAAAAGCGUAGCGUGGCCAGCGUACGUCGCUGGAUCCGCCGGGGUGAAGCUGUUUCCGUUCGCCCGCUCGGGCGCGACGUGCUCGAACAAUAUCACCCUCCACCCGACCCUCUCGGUGUUCGAGAGCCAACUGCCGCAGUACUUCGAGGAGAAGGCGAACGGGACGACGCGACUGGACCCAUCGAAGACGGUGUACACGCUGUGGAUCGGUACCAACGAUGUCGGAGCCAACUCCCUGAUCAGCGGAGGGAACAAAGCGUCUAUUGUCGACACAACGGCCUGCGCUGUCAACUGGGUGAAGACGUUGUACGACAGUGGUGCGAGGAACUUCAUCUUUCAAAACAUGAUCCCUUUGCAGCUCGUCCCCUUGUACGCUGCAUAUUCGUGGCCAAACCGUUUCUGGACAGCGCCACGCAACACCACGGAAUGGAGCGUCUUCAUGACAGAGUUGACGCUGUCUGGAAACGCCCUCUCGAAGCUGAUGCUGAAAGACCUGGCAAGCAAGUUACGAGGUGCUCAUAUCGCGCUCUUCGACUCCCAUAGUCUAUUUCAAGACAUGUUCGAUCAUCCAUCGCUAUAUUUAAACGGAACCGCACCUUUGAACGUCAAGGGAGCCUCGAAUACGUGUGUGUUCCCCUUGGACGGCACUCCAGGCACCCCGGUUUGCACCGCUACGCUGGGGACUGAUCGGGAUAGCUUCCUGUGGGCGGACGAGCUGCAUCCCAGCGAGCAGGCCGAUCGUAUCGUUGCGAGGGAGAUUGCGUCGGUCAUCCGGGGGAAGGCGAACAAGUGGACGACUUGGUUCAGUUAA